AUGAUCAAGCGCUCUCCAGUUCUUCUCGCCACAGUGCAAUUGAUCGCCUCGAAUCCGGAGACUGGAGAAAGAAUCAUCGCUCGCGCUCUACUCGAUCAAGGAUCCGAAAGUUCAUUCGUCACGGAGUCGCUAGCGCAACAAUUGCGAUUACGUGGAGGCACUCGUGCUUCCACGACUCACAUCGUAUCUACCCUCAUUUCGACUUCUCGUCGAAGACUGGCCUCAUCUACGAGGACUCACCUCGCGGAUCCAAGCUUUGCACAUCCCAGUCAAAUCGACGUAAUUCUCGGAGCUGACAUCUACAGCAACAUCAUUAGUCAAGGAGUUCGAAGAGGAGCACCAGGAACACCAAUCGCGCAAGAAACUCAGUUCGGUUGGGUCCUCUCCGGCUGCGUUUCAGCGGAAGCAGCAAUCCCCUCGUAUGGCGCAGUCCAAGGCUUCCAAUGCUCCCUCGAUCACGAACUGCUCGAUCUCGUGCAGCAGUUUUGGAAGCAGGAAGAAGUGUCGAAAUCUUUGGCACUAACUUCCGAAGAAGAGCGUUGUGAGCAACACUUUUGCGAAACGGUUUCUCGAACUGCGUCUGGUCGUUACGUAGUUCGGCUGCCGCUCAAGGACAAUUCGGUAGAGCUCGGCAAUUCGCGGAAUCCCGCGCAUCAAAUGGUCCUUCGUUUGGAGAAACGGUUCGGUAGCGACGCGAAACUCAAGGAGGCUUACUCGAGCUUCCUUCGUGAAUAUCGUCAACUCGGGCACAUGCGUCGCGCUAUCAAUAUACCUGAAGACAAUUCCCGCGUGUUUUAUCUUCCCCAUCACGGUGUAGUUCGCGACAGCAGUUCAACAACAAAGUUGCGUGUCGUGUUCAACGGGUCUCAAAGAACCAACCUCGGACUCUCUCUCAAUGACAAUCUUCUCGUCGGUCCAAAAGUGCAAACCGACCUCGCGAACGUUCUCUUACGCUGGCGACAAUAUCCAGUCGCGUUCUCAUCAGACAUCGUCAAGAUGUACCGACAAAUUUUGGUCCACAAUGAUGACCAAGAUUUUCAGCGAAUCCUCUGGAGGGAAGAACCAGAGCUACCGAUUGAAGAAUAUCAACUGACUACGGUAACGUAUAGUCUUGCAAGCGCUCCGUAUCUCGCGAUCCGUGUUCUUCAUCAACUCGUUCACGACGAAGGUAAGCAGUAUCCCUUUGCGAGCCACGUCAUUCUCGAGAACACGUACGUCGACGACAUCCUCUCAGGAGCAGAGGACGUUGAUCAAGGUCGCGAGAAAAUCAACGAACUCAAUCAAUUGCUCAAGGCGGGCGGCUUUGAACUUCAAAAGUGGACUUCAAGCCACCCAGAAACUCUCGUUGACAUUUCUCGAAACCAUCAAGAGAUCGCGAUGCAUCUGAAUCUCGAUCAAAGUCCAUUCUUUCGGGCUCUCGGUCUUGCGUGGAGACCAGACAUCGACGCGUUCGCGUUCUCUCCGCAAAUUCAUCAAACUCGGGACAAUUUCACGAAACGAAAAGUUCUCUCACAAACCGCGCAGCUCUUUGAUCCUCUCGGAUCGCUCUCGCCGAUCACGAUCAGAGCCAAAAUCUUUAUGCAGGAAUUGUGGGCACUCGGUUUCGACUGGGACGAGCCGCUCUCAGCUUCAUUGUCCUCGCGAUGGAUCGAGUUUCUACAAGAUCUUCAAGGCAUCUCAGCUAUCACCAUCCCACGAUGGAUCGGGUUAAGUUCAGCAUCUCUCGGGAUAGAGAUCCACGGUUUCGCGGACGCCUCUCAAAGUGCAUUAGGCGCAGUGAUCUACGCGCGAACGUAUAUCAACACUCACGAAGUGCGCGUUUCACUAGUGUGCGCGAAAACUAAAGUAGCGCCGCUAAAGAAGGUGACAAUUCCUCGUCUCGAACUCUGUGCUGCGAAUCUUCUCGUCCGGUUGAUGUGUCAUGUGGAAAAGACUCUUAAUUUCGAAAACACCCCGGUUUAUCUGUGGACGGAUUCCACAGUCGCGCUCGCGUGGAUCAAAAGCCACCCAUCGCGGUGGAAGGAAUUCGUUCGUAAUCGCGUAACGGAAAUCCAAGAGUUCGCGCGCGCUCGUUGGUAUCACAUCUCGGGUUUUGAAAACCCCGCUGAUCUUGCGUCUCGUGGUGCAUCUCCGGAGCAACUCCAAAAAUCAGAACUUUGGACCUUCGGACCAUCCUGGCUCUCGAAGCCUUCUGUCAAUUGGCCAUCCUUAUCUCCACGACCGGAAGAAAACAUUCAUCUCGAGAAAAGAAAAGGGCUGUUGACGCACAUCGCAACUGCUAAGCCGCUACAAAUCUGGGAUCUCGUCGAUCGCUACUCAAAACUAUCGACUCUCCUCAAAGUCACAUCAUUGUGUAAACGCGCAGCAAAUCGGUUCCUCGCGAAGACGACAUCGAAUCGCGUAAACACGUCUAUCACUGUCGGACCGAUUUCUACUCUCGAGUUGAGCGACGCCCAACUGUUUUGGACCAAGGUGACCCAGCAGGCGUACUUUGCAGAAGAAAUUCGCCAAAUCGAGACAAGCUCAAGUUUCACUCGAAGUCAUCCACUAUCGCGACUCACGCCGUUCAUCGAUUCGAACGGAUUCCUCAGAGUCGGUGGUCGACUGAAUCACUCAUUGCUUUCGUAUGACGAAAAGCACCCGUUCAUCUUGCCUCGCGAAUCAUCGUUCUCCACAUUGAUCAUCGAUCAUCAUCAUCGGUUGACGCUCCACGGUGGUCCGCAACUCACUCUCGCUACAAUCCGACAGCGGUACUGGAUCUUGGGAGGAAGAGUACCGAUCCGCAUGUUCAUACAUCGUUGCGUUCCUUGUGCGCGUCAUCGCGCCACCCUCAGCAGCCAACAGAUGGGCCAACUCCCUCCGUUUCGAGUCACGCAAUCAAGGCCGUUUCUUCACUCUGGCGUUGACUACGCUGGUCCAUUCUCGAUUCGAGCCUCCCGCGGAAGAGGAGCGAAAUCAUGCAAGGGAUAUAUCGUUAUCUUCAUCUGCUUCACGACCUCGGCUGUGCAUCUCGAGCUAGUUUCGGAUUACACGACGGAGGCAUUCAUCGCGGCGUACAAACGCUUCACAUCUCGACGAGGAAUUUGUGCCUCAAUCGCAAGCGAUUGUGGAACGAAUCUCGUCGGCGCAGACUCGGAACUUCGCCGUCUUCUCGUUGCAUCGUCAAAGGAGUUCUCAGAAAUCGCAAACAUCCUCGCAUCACACGAAACCCAGUGGCGGUUCAAUCCUCCCUCCGCGCCUCAUUUCGGUGGAAAAUGGGAAGCCGGAGUGAAAUCAGUCAAAUUUCACCUCAAACGAGUCAUCGGAGAAGCUACUCAAACGUUCGAGCAAUUCGCGACGUUCCUCACGCAAGUAGAAGCCACGCUUAAUUUUCGACCUCUUUGCGCUAUCUCGGACGAUCCACGGGAUCCAAGUGCCUUGACUCCAGGACACUUUCUCGUCGGCUCAGCAUUGAACACAAUUCCUGAGCCGUCACUCAUCGAGGUGCCAGUUUAA